GUAACCGGUAAAUUGGAUAACAGGUCACCUUUGCCCAUACUAUAGUUUGGUCCGGUUGGUACCCCAACAAUCACCUCGAUUUAACUACUUAUCAGUAAGACGAAUUUCAAUGCAAUUAUUCUAUAAUAAUACUAAUAAAUUAUGCGAGUAUAUUACACAAAAAAUCCCACAUAAAACAAGAGUAAAUGGCACCCUUUAAAUAGAUACUUAUACCAAAAUCAUUAACCACUUUUAACAUAAAAUCCUAAACCCUAAAACACCUGAAACUCAUAGACACUAAAUUCAAACAACUUUCAGAUUCUUCAUCAAACUCACUAACAUUAGUCUUCAUCUUAGCCAAAACGGGUCUUCCUGUGUGGAUGCUCGGGUUCGGUGCCGAUCGGUUACGAGCCGAUAUGAACCGUUUACUAGCACUUCUCUUCCACCAGGGAGUGCUUGAUGAGCAAUUCUUGCAGCUACAACAGCUUCAAGAUGAAACUUCUCCAAAUUUCGUAUCAGAAGUUGUUAAUAUUUACUUCCAUGAAUCAGAGAAGCUUUUGAGAAAUCUUAGAACAUUACUGAUGGAUAGAGAAUGCUCGGACUACAAGAAAAUGGGAAUCCAUUUGAAUCAAUUUAUGGGAAGUAGUUCCAGCAUAGGCGCCAAAAGAGUCAGAAAUGUCUGUGUUGCAUUUCGCGCAGCUUCCGAGCAGAAUAAUCGUGCAGGGUGUUUGAGAGGAUUGGAAGUACUGGAGCAUGAGUACUGCUACCUGAAGAAUAAGUUGCACGAGCUGUUUCAGGUAGAGCAACAGAGAGUGUUGGGAGGUGGAGUUAGAUACCCAAUGCACAACUGAACUUAGGGUUCAUUUUUGGGUGCAAUUUGCUAAAAACCAAGCUAUAACAUACCUGCAGGAAAGCUAUGUCACCAGCAAGAAUUGGAGGAAUAAAAAAGCUGCUGUUUGUUGUUGUCUUUAAUGUAGAGUUAUUUUUUUCUUUUUUUACUUUAAAAAUUUGUCUUUUUGUUUGUUAAAUUUUGUCUGGUUUUCAGUUCUAAUGAGAAAAUGGAUGUGUUCUUCUAGCAGUUGAAUCU